UUCUAAUUCCUUUUAAAGUGAAUUCUGAAUACUUUUUCUUCGAAAUAUCGGAAAACUGAAAUAAAAAAAUCUCAAUUUCUAGAAAUUAUUGUGCUGUUUUAUUAUUAAUUAAUUAAACUAUAAAAAGUAUAAAAUGCAUUCACGAAGAAAUAAUUCUGUUGUUAUCAAAGAUGAACCAGCCGAAGCCGAAGACCUCACCGUUGAAAGUGAUGAAGAUGAAAUAUGUGAAUUUGAACAUCUUCGUAAACUUUUUAUUGGAGGUUUGGCAGUACAAACAAAUGAAGAAUCACUUCGCUCUUUUUAUGAACAAUGGGGCAAAGUAGUAGACUGUGUUGUUAUGCGCGAUCCGGUAACCAAAAGGUCUCGAGGUUUUGGUUUCAUUACUUAUACAAGAGCUUCUAUGGUUGACAAGGCACAAAAGAAUCGUCCUCAUACUAUAGAUGGAAAAAAUGUUGAAGCAAAACGUGCUCUUCCACGUCCAGAGCGCACACCCAAUGAGUCUAAAGCAACUGUUAAAAAAAUUUUUGUUGGCGGACUUAAGGAUAAUCACGAUGAGGAUUGUUUACGCGAACAUUUCUCUCAGUUUGGCAACGUAGUUAGCGUUAAAAUUCUCACUGACAGGACGACUGGUAAAAGACGUGGUUUUGCCUUUGUUGAAUUUGAUGAUUAUGAUGCCGUUGAUAAAACUAUUUUACAAAAAACACAUUCAAUAAAAUAUGUGCUGGUUGAUGUUAAGAAAUCUGUGUACAGUCAAGAUAAUAAACGUACAGGGCAAAAUUUAGGGGGAGGACAAGAUAAUCAAAAACAUUCUAAUCCUUUUCAAAAUAGAGGGCCCAUGAAUAGACCUCCUAUGAAUGCAAUGAAUGGCCCACCAAUGAAUGGGCCAUAUAUGAAUGGUCCUCCGAUGAAUGGUCCACCAAUGAAUGGUCCUCCAAUGAAUGGUCCUCCAAUGAAUGGCCCUCCAAUGAAUGGUCCACCAAUGAAUGGUCCACCAAUGAAUGGACCACCAAUGAAUGGUCCGCCGGGUAAUUACAACAAUUGGGGACCCCAAUACAAUUACAAUGGCUACAAUCAGCCUCCUGUGAAUAACUGGAAUUGGAAUCAACCACCUCAAAAUGCUUGGAAUGGGCCACCCAAUGCUCAAUGGAACCAGGGUAACUACGGUCCCCCACAACAAGCUAAUUGGAAUGCUGGUCCUGUUCCACCACAAGGAAACUGGAACAAUACACCUGUUCCACCUGUUCAAGGUAUUUGGAAUGAUAAUGCUGGUCCUUCCCAACCACAAGGACCUAUGCAACAACAAGGCUUCCCGCCACAAGGGGUCCAGCAACAAGGACCUCCACAACAAGCACCCAUACAGCAAGUGCCUCCACAACAAGGCAUCCCUCCACAACAAGGGCUCCCACCACAAGGACCCAUUCAACCACAAGGGGUUCCUCCAAUACAAGGUCCCGUACAACAACAAGGACCUCUGCCGCCACGAGCUCCUCAGCUACCGCCACGAGCUCCUCAGCAACAACGAGGUUCCCAGAUACAACAAACAUCUCCACAACAACAGGGAUCCUCUCCACAAAGAAGACUUAACCAACAACAAGGAGCAGAGUUCCAAGGAAACUCGCAAAACUUUGGAAGUGGUUAUCAACAAAACUACGGAGGUGGACCACAAAAAAGUAAUUUAAACAGCAGUAUGCGCAAGAAUCCUUACAGUUCUCCAACAGGAGUUUCUCGACAACAACCUGUUCCCCCAGGCAUUUCAAAUCGUCGUUACUAAAGAUGAAAUCUGACAGAAAUGUGUGACAAAGGACGACCAUCUACAAAUGUAAAACUCAAAACUGAGUCUUUUCUAAGUUUAAAUUUAUGGAAGAAGAAAUAGUCAAAUUUCAAUGGCUUAGGUAUAAUUAAUAAUAUAAUAUAAUUAAAAUUCAAUAUUAUUCAUUAUGCUGAUUAAGUAACAAAAAAAAAAGAAAAAAUUCUUAUUUGAAAAUAUUUUAUUACCUAUUAGGAAUAGAAUUCUAAUAUUAUCUGUGUAAAAUGUACACAAACUUAAUGUUUAUAUUUAGUUUGUUAUCUUAAUCUAGACAGUUUACUAACAUAUUUUUGGAAAAGAUAAAAAAAACAUAACAAAUUUCAAUGUUUAUUAAUUUUAUUCCCUAAGAACUAUGUAUUGCAUAAAUAAAAGAAAAAUACUUAUAUAACUUUCAAGUCUAAAAAAAGUCUUAUGUACUUAUGUAUUUACACAAAUUUAUUUUAUUGUUGUACCGCUGCUGAUGCGAAACGAUUUUUUUUUCCAAAAUUGCAAAACUAAAAUAAUAAUACUAAAUGAAAUAAAACAAACAAAACCACACAAAAGGACAAUAACAAACGAAAAAAUCAAAUUACAUUUUCUCUACGCAAUAAAUUAUUAUCCGGCCGUUGUUUCACUGCAGGGAAAGUAAUUUAGACUUCUUAACAUUUUCGGAGACAAUUUUUUAAUUUUACUGGUAGAACUGCGUACUUCAGAAC